AUGCAGUGUUACAUGAGGCUGUUUGUUUAUGGGAUUCCCUGUCAGCUUGUUCGGGAGCUGCCUUGUCUUUUUCGUUGCUUUACUACUUCUUCUUCGUGUAUGGUAACGACUUAUUAG